AUGAGUUCGGACGAGGAGAACGCGUUGCAAAUCGACGAGGGCGAACCAGAAGAGGAGAAGCCCCAGUCGACCAGAACCAGACGAUCCACCAGGAAAGAUCGGAAGCGCAAGCGAUUUAACGAUGACGAAGAGUACGAAGAACCAGAGCCGGAGGUGGAAAAGCGCGUUAGUCGCCGGGCAAAACGAGCGACCAGGAGGAGCUCUUCCCCUGAAGAAGAUCCCGAUGAAGACGAUAUCUCCAACUCUGCAAAAUCGAGCGAUGAUCUGGUCGCUGAAUGGGACCUCGAGCCAUUGAACAUCCACUACACCGACGACGAGUACAAAACCAUCAAGUCUUAUCGAAUCUUCAGCAGCAUUAUGCAGCCACGAGUGUCGCUCAGCGCCGGUGUUCGAAAACUCUCGCGUCCGAAGAUCGAUCAGCUGAUAAACGCGCUCUGGACCGAGUUCUGCGCCAUGAAUCCUCACAGCGUUGAUCCCACCAUUCCUUCGCCGUCAAGCUCUUCUCGAUCUUCUGGAAGAUCAUCCUCAAAACGAAGCUCGAAGAAAGAAAAACGCGUUGCCCCGCUUCGACUGAAACUUCCAAAGAAAAAGGCGAAAAAGGAAUCCGAAGAAGAGGAGGAAGAAGUCACCCUCGAUGAUGACGACGAAGAAUACCAAGAUUACGCUGCCGCUCCUGCAGAAAAAAGUCGCACUUCUUCGAGGCGAACCAAAAACGAAGAAAAAACUCUUCGCGAGCCAGACGAAGACGACUUCCAAGAACUCGCAGAUGUCCCUGAAGCCGGACCGAUCGUCCACGACGAGCUCUGUUACUUUUGCAAAAACGGCGGCGAACUGCUCGCCUGUGAAGCUUGCCCACGAGUUUACCAUCCUAAAUGCCUCAAUCCUCCCCAAGUGGAAAUUCCAGAGGGCGACUGGUUCUGUCCCCACUGCAGCUCCGAACCCUUGCCAAGCAGGGUUCAAAAGAUCUUGACUUGGCGAUGGCACGAGGCGCCGUUUACGGAAGUCGAUGAUGAGAGACCGGGAAAAGAGGGUCAGAAGCGAAAGCUGAUGGGGUACAAAUACCGCGAGUACUUUUGUAAAUUCGAAGGGCUCUCUUAUUGGGACACACAGUGGGUUCCAGAAGUUCGAAUGGAACAGCACUCAAUUCACAUGUGGCGAACUUAUCAUCGACGACUCUCUCCAGACUCUGAGCCCGACCAUGAAGAUGUUGAAAACUUCGACGACACUGAAAUGGCGGAAAAGUAUUACAAGUAUCAUAUUCAACCGGAAUGGCUCAAUAUACGACGAGUCAUCAAGCAUCGCGCCAACGCGUAUAAUCCGAAAAUAAAAGAAUAUCUAGUCUUGUGGAGAGGAUUAGCAUAUUCCGAGUGUACUUGGGAAGAAGAGGACAAGGAUAUAAACGGGCUCGCUGAAGCGAUUAAGAACUACCACGAUCAUAGAAAAACCAUCAUGGCCGAAAAGAAGAAUAAGAGAGGAAAGAAUAAAGAUAAAACCACCAAGAAGGUCAAACCAUACGAGGGCCAACCUCAAUACAUCAAAGACAUCAACCUCUCCCUCCACGAUUACCAGUUAGAAGGUCUUAACUGGCUUCGCUUCUCCUGGUCUCAGGACACGAACGUCAUCCUCGCCGAUGAAAUGGGUCUCGGUAAGACCAUCCAAUCCGCCGUUUUCAUUCGUAGUUUGAUGAUGGAGAACAACUCAAAAGGUCCCUUUUUGAUUUCGGUCCCUCUCUCCACUUUGCCAAACUGGGAGCGUGAGUUCGAGCUUUGGGCUCCGGAGCUAUACGUUGUCAGCUACCACGGAGAUGGUAAAUCGCGUGCAGUCAUCCGUGAACAUGAGUUCUCGUUCGACGAGAAGUGUAUGGCCACAUAUGCAAAGCCGAGCCGAUUGCGUGAUGGUUGCCAAACCAAGUUCCACGUCUUGCUCACUUCCUACGAAAUGGUCUCCAUGGAUAACGCGCUCUUACAAUCCAUUGACUGGAGCUGCCUGAUCAUUGAUGAGGCUCACCGACUCAAGUCCAACCGUUCCCUCUUCUUCAAGGUCCUUUCUGCUUACAAUGUAGCUCACAAGGUCUUGCUCACCGGAACUCCACUCCAAAACAACCUCGAGGAACUCUAUCAUCUGCUCAACUUCCUCGUUCCAGAAAAGUUCAACGAUCUUCAAAGCUUCCUCAAUGAUUUCGCUGUUAUCAGCAAAGAAGACCAAGUCAAGAAGCUCCACGAUCUCCUCGGCGCUCACAUGCUUCGUCGACUCAAAGCUGAUGUCCUCAAGGGCAUGAAAGGCAAGGUCGAAAUGAUUGUCCGAACAGGUCUUACUCCGAUGCAGAAAAAAUACUAUAAGUUCGUCCUCACUCGUAAUUACGAAGCUCUCAAAGUAAAAUCGGGUACUUCUCUGACCAAUGUUCUCAUGGAGCUGAAGAAAAUCUGCAAUCAUCCUUAUCUCAACGACAAAUGCUCCGAGGGCGCUCCUCGUCUUUCGAACAAUGCUUUCGAGGGAUCUGAACUUACUGCCAAUUGUGGAAAACUUCUUCUCAUGCAGAAGAUGCUCAAGAAGCUGAAAGAAGAGGGUCACCGUGUCCUAAUUUUCUCUCAAAUGACCAAGCUCCUCGAUCUUCUAGAAGACUACCUCGAGUACGAACAGUACAAAUACGAGCGAAUCGAUGGUUCCAUCACGGGUUCCGUUCGUCAGCAAGCUAUUGACAGGUUCAACAAACCAGGCUCUGACUCAUUCAUUUUCCUCCUAUCCACUCGAGCUGGUGGCCUUGGUAUCAACUUGGCAACUGCUGACACCGUCAUCAUCUAUGACUCCGAUUGGAAUCCCCACAACGAUAUCCAGGCCUUCUCUCGUGCGCAUCGUAUCGGCCAGAAAAAUAAGGUCUUGAUCUAUCGUUUUGUCACUCAGAACUCAGUCGAAGAACGUGUCGCACAAGUGGCGAAGAAGAAGAUGAUGUUGAACCAUCUCGUUAUUCGACCUGGUAUUGGUCAGAAAAACAACGCUGCCCUCUCUAAAAAUGAGAUGGACGAUAUUCUCCGAUUCGGAUCAGCCGAACUCUUCAAGGAAGAAGACUCGGACAAGGAUGUCGCCUACACCGAUGAAAUGGUGAACGCUCUUCUCAACCGUGCUGCCCAUGACGACGAAAAGGAAGAAGAUGAAGAUCGAAACAAGCUUCUUGACGAUUACUUCUCCGGUUUCAAAGUGGCUAACUACAAGCUUACCGAAGAAGAGAAAGAAAAGGAGCUCCAGGAAGCGAAAGAAUGGAGUGAAGGUGUUGAAAAUGUCGAUACAAACUAUUGGGACAAGCUCCUCCGUCACCACUACGAGCAAGCUGUCAUGGAAGAACACGCAUCCAAGGGUGUCGGAAAGCGUGUUCGAAAACGAGUCGAGUACUACAACAGUAAUCCACCCGAGGAGCUUUCUAACAUGGAGAACGGUGAUGAUUUCAACCCUGAUGACGGUGCUGGGUCUGACAAUGAAUAUCAAGAUGCCGAAACUGAAGGCAAACCUUCGAAACGACCUCGAUAUGACCGUAAUCAACCAAAAGCAAUGCCACCUAAGCUUGCCAAAGCUGGCCAGAAGGACUUUGAAGUCUAUGGCUUCCACAGUCGCCAACGCCGAGCGUACAUGAAUCUGGUUAUGAGAUACGGACUUCCACCAAAGGAGGGAUUUUCGGAAAGAUGGAUCCUUCGUGAGCUUUCUCGAAAGUCUGACAAAGAAUUCCGGGCUUACACCAACGUCUUCAUGGCACAUCUUUGCGAACCAACCUCCGAUGGCUCCGAUAAGUUCAUGGAUGGUAUUCCGAAAGAAAACAUGCCAAGACAAGGACUUCUCAACAGGAUCGGAGUGAUGGAGCUCAUCAACCAGAAAGUGCGCGAAUUCCGAAAAGUCAACGGCAUUUGGAGUAUUCCAGAAGACAAUCCCGAGAAUAAAAAAGACGAAACAAAGGAAGAAGAGAAAGAGGAGGCUGAAGAAAAGCCUGCAGAAGAAAACGCAUCGGAAGAGAAAAAGGAAGAGGCUGAGAACGGCAAAGAGGAAGAAAAUGCAAUGGAAGUCGAUGAAAAGAAGGAGGUUGAAAGCAAGGAAGAAGCUAAGACUAUCAAGGAAGAAAACAAGGAGAACGAGACGCCUAAGCCACCUCCAAAGAAGAAUUUCAUGUUUAAUAUUGCGGACGGUGGUUUUACCGAGCUGCAUACCUUGUGGAUGACUGAAGAGGACGCGGCGUUGAAUAAAGCUCGUAAGAUCAACGAGAUUUGGCACAGGCGUCAUGAUUACUGGCUUCUUGCUGGAAUGGCUACUCAUGGAUACGCGAGAUGGAUAGACAUUCAGAAUGAUCCUAAGUUUUCUAUCAUCAAUGAGCCCUUCCGAGCCAUGUCUCAAAAACAAGGCAACUUUCAAGACAUGCAAAAUCGAUUCCUCGGUCGUCGAUUCAAGCUUCUUGAGCAAGCACUUGUGAUUGAGGAGCAGCUUCGCAGAGCAAGCUUUCUAAAUCUCCACCAAGACUCAAAACACAGCGCCAUGUCACUGUCUAACCGUUUCGGUCAGCUAGAAACACUGGCUGAAACGCACCGCCUGCUUCCGAAGAUUGCCUCUGAUGGAAACAAGGCGGCGGCACACGUGCUCUUGAAAGUUCUCGAACAAAUGGAAUCACUCUUAUCCGAGAUGAAAAACGAUGUUCAUCGACUUCCCGCAGAGCUCUCUCGCGUCCAACCUGUUUCUGGUCGGCUCGGCAUGUCCGAGCGCGCGCUACUUGAAAGACUUCGAAAUCCCUCUUCAGCAGACUCCUCCUAUCCACCUUUUCAUCAAAUGAGUCCAGGCGCAUACUUCUUCGGUAUGCCCGUUGAAGAGAAACAAGAACCUACUGCCGACGAUUUCGUAGAAGAAGAAAAAGAUGAUACUGAAACUAUGGCAACCGAUGUUGAAAUGAAAGAUGUUGGCGUCGAGGAAAUGACCUCCGCAGACUAUUUCAAGGACCACUACGCUCAUUUUGCGAUUCAUGAGGAAAUGCUCAAGGACGAAAUCAGAACAAGAGCCUACAUGAACUCAAUCAUGAAAAACAAAGCUCUCUUCCGAAACAAAGUCGUCCUUGAUGUCGGCUGUGGCACUGGAAUUAUGAGCCUUUUCGCAGCUAAGGCCGGUGCGAAGAAAGUGAUUGCUGUUGAUAUGAGCGCGAUUGUUGAUCGAACGAAGGACAUUGUGAAGGAAAAUGAACUGGAAGACACGAUCACUGUCAUCAAGGGAAAAAUUGAAGACGUCGAGCUUCCUAAAGGCAUUGAAAAGGUUGACGUCAUCAUCUCAGAGUGGAUGGGCUACUGUCUCUUUUAUGAAACGAUGCUACCAACAGUCAUCUAUGCACGUGACAAAUGGCUUGCAAAAGACGGCAUUAUCAUGCCUGAUAAGGCUUCUCUCUACUUCACCGCCCUUGAGGAUCGUAACUACAAAGAUCAGAAAGUUGAAUUCUGGAAUAACGUCUACGGCUUCGACAUGUCGAUCAUGAAAGAUGUCGUCGUGCGAGAGCCACUGGUUGACACGUGCGAUCCCGCCCAGUUGGUUUGCAAGCGGUCCACUGUCAAAGUCAUUGAUCUUUACAAGAUCAAGCAAGAGGACUUGAAGUUUGAAGCAGAAUUCACCCUGACAGCCAUGCGAAAUGACUACAUUCACGGCUUGAUCGCGUACUUCUCCGUUGAGUUCACGAAGUGCAAGCAAACGAUCAAGAUCAGCACUGGCCCACACGACGAGUACACUCACUGGAAACAGACGAUUUUCUACCUCAAGGAUGUGGCCACUAUCUGCAAGGGUGAACAAUUAAAAGUCAAACUUGGAAUGGUGCCGAACUUGGAGACACGAAAAGACCUCUUGAUCAAGAUGAAGGUGGAUUUCGACGGCGAGCGAAGCUCGUUACACGAAGAGACAGAAUACGUCAUCAAAUAA